CCAGGAAUACACUCACGUCCCCCGAGCUCCAGAAAAAACACCUCCAACACCUCCAAUGUCCAAACUCCACAAUUAAACAGGCUGGGGUGGGGGAAACAAGAGGGGAAAAAAAGUCGGACGAAAGAAGCUUUCGUGAUUUUUACGCACCGUUCGUGUAGAAAGCAAUCACGGAAUACAAGUGGACAGACCGAUUCAGUCAAAACUUCAAUACUGUUAUGAAGCGAGAAUGAGCAGCGCAGAGGACAGCGGGAGCAAGUGCUCGUCGGGCCCGAUUUCCAGCUUUACCAUCCAGUCUAUUCUGGGCACGCCGUCCGAUGAGCCGCGCUCUGGGACCAAAGAGCUCUCCAAGGGGCCGCCGGCGCCUCCGCCGCCGCCGCGGAGACGCUCGCUGUCGGUGUCGUCCGAGGAGGAGCUGAGCGGCGGGGAGGACUCCGCCGACUGCUGCUGCUCCGACACCAGCCACGGAGAGCCCUGCACGCGGCACCGGCCACACAACUUCUCCUGCUUAGGUGCCGCUAAGGGACUUCUGUCCGGGAGCGAAGCGCUGGCGCGGCGAGCGCACCUGUCACAGCCGCGGCUGCAGGAUUACAAGCAGGAGCAGGAGCGGCCGUGCCACCAACUGUCACCUCUCUCCGACGAGAGACAGACGGACGGCGCGGAGAAGCAGAGCAACUCGGCCAAGAAGAAGACGCGCACGGUUUUCUCGCGGAGUCAGGUGUACCAGCUGGAGUCCACCUUCGACAUGAAGCGCUACCUGAGCAGCUCGGAGCGGGCCUGCUUGGCCUCCAGCCUGCAGCUGACGGAGACUCAGGUCAAGACGUGGUUUCAGAACCGCAGGAACAAGUGGAAACGGCAGCUCUCAGCUGAACUGGAGGCGGCGAACAUGGCCCACGCUUCCGCACAGACACUAGUGGGGAUGCCGCUGGUUUUCAGAGAUAACAACUUACUGCGUGUACCUGUUCCCCGGUCUAUCGCCUUUCCGACGCCCCUCUAUUACCCGGGGAGCAACCUGCCAGCGUUACCUUUAUACAACCUGUACAACAAAAUCGAGUAUUGACUGACUGUUCUGUAUGUUCACCACUGCAGUCCACGUAAUACAUUACAAACCAUUACCACAUUCUUAUGUCUCUCCACAACACUUGUAUAUUAAUUGUAUCAUUUUAUUUGUUGGGGGUCAAAAAUCUUAUUAUGCAACAAUUAAGUCUCAUAAGAAAGCAAUCAAGCUUCCCUAUAUGUAUAAAAUACACCGUGUGUAUAACUAUUAACAAUUUUGUACUUUUAUUUCAUUUUCCUCCUCGCUCUGUCCAAACUCUGGAUUUUUUCCUGCAUAUCUCAUUCCAGAAAAUUGGAUUAAAAUAAUAGUUGCUAAUGCAUAUUUUAUUUAUAACUGGGUUGGAAAAAAUAAAAAAAGGCUAUAAAUCCACAAUGUUAUUUUACCAAAGGACAAACAAGACACAAUUCUUCCAUAUGAGGGAAAUAUAUAUUAUAUAUUUUAUUUGUUUUUGUUGUAAUUUAAAGCAUCAGAUA